GCUGGUCAGCUCUGGUACUGCAGCCCACACGGCUGGAGAACCCAGGAAGGCAGGUCACUGGGCACAGGAUUUCCAGGAGUAGGCUGGGAAUCAGUUAUUGGCCAGUUUAGCUGGACAUCAGGGGCUGGCAUGUCGGGCUGUGCAGCGGGCAGAGGCACGUCAGCGGGCACCGAGUCAUCUGGCACGACAGCAGGCACCGAGUCAUCUGGCACGACAGCGGGCACCAAGCCAUCUAUCAGAACCGCGGGCACAGAGUCAUCUGGCAAGUCAGCGGGCACGAGUCACCAGGCAUGUCAGUGGGCACCGAGCCAUCUAGCAGAACCGCGGGCACAGAGUCACCUGGCAAGUCAGCAGGCACCGAGUCACCGGGCAUGUCAGCGGGCACCGAGCCAUCUAGCAGAACCGCGGGAUACCGGGUCACCAAGCUCGACAACAGGCACCAAA